GAGAUCCCAAAAUGAAUGGGUAACAGCAAUCCUAAAGAUGCAAUGUGGAUCAGUGACUAAAAGGUGAAUUUAAAAUAAUAUUUUGAAUGCUGCUCACCUUAAAGUCUUUUAAAGACGAGAGAAACUGACUACUUUUAUGAGGCCCCGAACCUGCCAAGAAAUCUUAUCCAUUAGUCUACCUUGUUAACCAUCAAUCUAUCUUUGGUCUACUCAGUUAAAGAUUGAAAAUGGGUUCCAAUCUUCCCAAACUUCAUAUGCAGACUACUAUCCAAACUGGAAGUCAAACCUUUCCUUCUCUUCCCUUUCCCAUAAAUUAUAACCAUGUUUCAUCCUCUUCAACUCUGCUUAACAAAUCCAAAAUCUCUCAUCUGUGUGUACGCUGCUCCUUAUCUUCUUCAAUCCCACCAAACUCAAAAGAAGCAGCAAUUCUCCAAGCCAAAACCUGCCUCUCAACCACCCUAGAAAAGCCCCUCAACAACCCCAAAUUGACCAGCAGACUCAGGAAACUCAAGCAACCCAGAUUCCGUGUGGAGAUUCCUGUCAUUGAUGACUCACCGGAAUCGCUCUCUCAGUUAGCUUUUGAGGUUUUCAGAGACAUACCCAUUAGAAGAAAAGGCUCUUCUGUGAACAUCUUGAUCAUUUGGCCCAACCCCACUUUCCUAGAGGCAGCACUUGAAGCUUUUGAAUCUAAUCCUUCAAACCCAGUUGAACAUGUAGAUAUUUCUUCACUCUCAGACGGUGAUACCAGAAUUUUGAAUUCUGCUGACGUGGCAGUGUUUUUGGCCCCAGAGGAUUCUCAGCUGGCCGUUGUGAAAGAGGCUGCUGACAGUUUGUUCCCAAGGCCAGUGGUGAUCUUCAACCCCAGAUGGGCUUUUGAGGAUGAGAAUGAAUUCAAGGAGCUGAGUGGCUUUGUGGGUUCGUUUGAUGUGAUUUACUCAUUUAUGGGGUUGGAAGUUAAAGGGCUUUUGAGCAAUCGAAAGGGGGUGAUAUUCAAGUGUGUAAGAGAUGGGGUUGUAAGUGGUGAGAAGUGGAAUGUUCUUGUUGAAGAAGAAGGCGAAUUGAAGGUGGUUUCGACGUUCAAGGCACGACCAUCGAUUGGUGAAGUCGAAAAUGUUUUGUACAAUUUGAUGGCCAUGAAUUCACCCGUCACAAAGUCUGUGAAAUUCUUAAAGGAUUUGGUAUCGAACGUGACCGGAAAAAAGUAAAUGUGGCUGAAUAACUGAGAUUUCUAUCUUUGGAUGGUUCGUAUGUAUGAUUGUAAAAUUAUGUGAAUGAACGCAUUUGAAAACUUACUUGUGA